AGAAUAUCAUAAAGACAUCAGAAUUAGCGCGCGAAGGCUCCCCGCGCUUUGUUCUUAUAUUUCCCUCUAUCUUCAUUCAAUCCCACACUCUAUCUAUCGACUAUGCAGGUUACCGCCGCGGCUCUCCCACCGGCCCAUGGCGGAGAUGCCACCACUGAUGGCAAGCGUGGCAAAAGGCGUGGCAGUUACAACUGUGGUCGGUGUGGCCUUCCCAAAAAAGGUCACAACUGCACCAUCAAGACUCCUGUAUCUGCUUCCAUCACUUCUGCUCCUCCUGAUUCGUCUCUCUCCGUGGUAUCCAUUCCUUCCUCUGCAACAUCUGGCCUCCGGCAUCCUUCCUCUAGUCGCCGUCGCGCUCUGUCGUUUGACGAUCUUGAUGAAAGCGGUUCUGGAUUCGAUCCAUCCGAACAGGAAGAAAGAGUGGAUGCGGAUUUGUUUUCUGAAACCGAUCCUGAUCUGGAUCUGGACGCAGAAUCGUGUGGUCUGCCGGCGAAUCUUCUGUGGGAUGUGAUGAGGAGGUUGCCGCCGGCGGGGCUGCUGUCCGCCGCGAAGGUUUGCCGUGGGUGGAGGGAGACGGCGAAGAAGAUAUGGAGAGCGGCUGAGGAAUUGAAACUUAGGGUUCCCGUCAAGGUUACAGUUGGGUUUGUUGCCUCGAUGUUGCAGAAAUGUCCUGGGAUUGUGAGACUCUCUCUUAGGAUGGAGAGUGAUUUUGAUUCAACUAUGCUGGCUUGCGUUGCCUUCUCAUGUCCUAAUCUUGAGAGUAUGGAGAUCUCCACAUUCGGUGCUGCAACCAUUCGAAUUAAUGGGGAUGAACUAGGCCGGUUUGUUGCUGAUAAAAAAAGCCUCAAAAGCCUUAAGAUGGAAGGAUGUUCUAACCUGGGGGGUUUUGUCCUCUGUUCGUCAAGUCUUUCUACACUCUGGCUAUCAGAUUUGCACUCUCUCUCUAAAAUGGUAUUUAAUUGUCCCCAAUUGAGGGAGAUUUCCUUGGAGUUUUCUUGCCAAGAAAAUGAUAGUACAGAUCUCACCACUAUGAUCGAAGGCUUGGGGAGAAGUUGCCCUAGAUUGCAAAACAUACAUAUAGCUUCUGAACGGCUUUCACACUCUGCAGUGCUUGCUCUUACAGCUGCACAGUUGAGGGGGCUGCGAAUGCUUUCUCUUGUUCUUGGGUCUGAAAUCACGGAUGCAUCUGUUGCUGCAAUUUCCUCAAGCUAUCCAAAUCUUGAACUGCUUGAUCUCAGUGGAUCUAGUGUUAGUGACAGUGGCAUUAGUAUGAUUUGCAAUGUGUUCCCUGAUACCCUGACAAGACUCCUUCUUGCUGUUUGCCCCAACGUGACUUCAAGUGGUAUUCAGUUUGCGACAUUUCAGUUGCCGCUCCUUGAAAUCAUGGACUGUGGAAUGACCAUAUGUGAUCCUAAUUUGCAAAAUCCAGCUGCUGACGAAAACAACUGCAAAUUACAGAAAACAUCUGUCUCUAAUGUACACCUUAUAAACCAGAAACUAAUUAUCAAACACAGCCGUUUAAGGAAACUCAGUUUCUGGGGCUGCACAGGCUUAGACGCCCUGUAUUUAAACUGCCCACGACUCAUUGAUCUGAAUCUAAAUUCUUGUACAAAUUUGCAUCCAGGAAGACUUUUGCUCCAGUGCCCCACUUUGGAAAAUGUGCAUGCAUCGGACUGUCAGGAUAUGUUAAUAGGCGCCAUACAGAGUCAGGUUCGUGAUGCUUCUUAUGCUGCUAUGGAAAACCAUUCACCUUCUAAACGUCUACCUGAUGGCUCCAAAAGGGUUCAGGUUCCACAUUUACUCAGCGAGGAGUCCCCUGAACCUGAAAAAAAACGGAGGAGGAUCGAUAGACAGCAGCAUUGUAACGUGCUUCGGGGCUGAUAAUUGUAUUCCCUUCAACUGAUUCUCUAAUGUAUACAUGUGCAAUGCGUUAUAAUUUAAAUUCUAGAUUCAUUCUGCAUCCUUAGUUAUAAAUUUUCAUGUUAGCCGCUGAAGUUGGCCCUUAGAACUGUCUUACAAGACAAAUGUUAAUGUUUAUCAAAUUGUUGUAUGAUAUUUGCAUGACUGUCUCAUAAUUUAAUAAAGUUAAACACUAUUUUUUA